UUUUUCCAUUUUAUUACUAUUUUUUCUCUUACUACUGUUUUUCUUCUGUUACUGUUUUUUCUAUUACUAGUUUUCUUGUAUUACUUUUUAAGUGCUAUUUCCCCCUUUUGACACUUAUUUUCUCUCUUUAUCACUUAUUUUCCCCAUUGAUCACUUAUUUUCCUCUUUUAUCGCUUAUUUUCUCGUUUUUAAUCACAAUUUUCCCUUCAUAUUCUCAUUUCUCACUUCUACCCCCAUUACCCUCUUUUAUCCCCUUCUAUUCCCAUUCUCCCUUUUCUCACUUGUUUUCCCUUUUUUCUAAUCCCCAUUAUCCUCUUUAACCCCCAUUUCCCUUUUUCAUCUCUGUUUCCCCUUUUAUCCCCAUCUUACCCCCAUUCCCUUUUCUAUCCCCAUUUCACCUUUCCCCCUCCCUCAUCCCACCACUCCAACCCCGGGAGGACCGUGCGGAGCUCCUCCCGCAUUCAGCUCUCUCCCUCUCCCGGCAGCCCAGCAGCGGAGCGGAGCGCUGAGCGGCGGCAGCAUGCGGCUGGGGGAUGUCUGAGGCGGGCGGCGGUGCGGCGGCGGCGGCCUCGCUGCCCCGGAGCCGCGCCGGAGGGAUGCGGGCUGCCUGGGGCUCCGUCUGGUGCCUGUGCCUAGCGGCGGCCGUCGGAGCGCUGCCGGCGGCGCGGCGGCGCGGAGCAGAGCGAAGCGGCGGGCAGGCGGCAGAAUACUUGAGAAGUGAGACCGCCUUUCUGGAAGAGUUGGUGUUUGGAAGUGGAGAUACCAUUGAACUUUCCUGUAACACUCAAAGCUCUUCUGUGUCAGUUUUCUGGUUUAAAGAUGGUAUUGGGAUUGCACCUUCCAACAGAACUCAUAUUGGACAAAAACUGUUGAAGAUAAUCAAUGUGUCAUAUGAUGAUUCGGGGCUGUACAGUUGCAAGCCAAGGCAUUCCAACGAGGUCCUGGGAAACUUUACAGUCAGAGUGACAGAUUCCCCUUCGUCAGGUGAUGAUGAAGAUGAUGAUGAUGAGUCAGAGGAUACAGGUGUCCCCUUCUGGACCAGACCAGAUAAGAUGGAGAAAAAGCUGCUGGCAGUUCCUGCUGCCAACACUGUUCGUUUCCGAUGUCCAGCAGGUGGAAAUCCAACUCCCACCAUCUACUGGCUGAAGAAUGGCAAAGAGUUCAAGGGGGAGCACAGGAUCGGGGGCAUCAAGUUGCGACACCAGCAGUGGAGCUUGGUGAUGGAGAGCGUUGUGCCAUCAGAUCGAGGAAACUACACCUGUGUUGUGGAGAACAAAUAUGGCAAUAUUAGGCACACGUACCAGCUUGAUGUUUUAGAACGGUCACCCCACCGACCAAUCCUGCAAGCAGGACUCCCUGCCAAUCAGACCGUGGUGGUUGGGAGCAAUGUGGAAUUUCACUGCAAGGUCUACAGUGAUGCCCAGCCUCAUAUCCAGUGGCUGAAACACGUGGAAGUCAACGGCAGCAAGUAUGGACCUGAUGGGACACCCUAUGUCACAGUGCUGAAGUCUUGGAUCAGUAAAAACGCUGAAGCCGAUGCUAACCUAAAUCUGUUCAAUGUGACAGAACAAGAUGAAGGAGAAUAUCUGUGUAGAGCCAACAAUUUCGUAGGCAUAGCCGAAAAGCCAUUUUGGCUCCACAUUCGCAAACCAAAACCAGCAGAGGAGCUGAUGGAAAUGGAUGAUUCAGGCUCAGUGUAUGCUGGCAUUCUCAGCUAUGGCACUGGCUUAGUCCUCUUCAUCCUGGUACUGGUCAUUGUGAUUAUCUGCAGGAUGAAAAUGCCAAACAAAAAAGCCAUGAACACCACCACUGUACAGAAAGUCUCCAAAUUUCCACUCAAGAGACAGGUAACAGUGUCGUUGGAGUCCAACUCUUCCAUGAAUUCCAACACACCUCUGGUUCGGAUCACUCGUCUCUCCUCCAGUGAUGGGCCGAUGCUGGCCAACGUCUCUGAGCUGGAACUUCCUCCAGAUCCCAAGUGGGAAUUGGCACGCACUCGCCUGACCCUGGGGAAGCCGCUUGGUGAGGGCUGUUUUGGCCAAGUGGUGAUGGCAGAAGCAAUUGGGAUUGAUAAAGACAAGCCAAACAAGGCCAUCACGGUGGCUGUCAAGAUGCUAAAAGAUGAUGCCACAGACAAGGAUCUUUCAGACCUGGUCUCUGAGAUGGAAAUGAUGAAAAUGAUUGGGAAGCACAAAAACAUCAUUAACCUCCUCGGUGCCUGUACACAGGACGGACCACUCUACGUGUUGGUUGAAUACGCAUCGAAGGGGAACUUGCGGGAAUACCUCAGGGCACGUCGCCCACCUGGCAUGGACUAUUCCUUUGACACCUGCAAGCUGCCUGAGGAACAGUUGACAUUUAAAGACCUGGUUUCCUGUGCCUACCAGGUGGCCCGGGGCAUGGAGUACUUGGCAUCACAGAAAUGCAUUCAUCGUGACUUGGCAGCCAGGAAUGUGUUAGUCACUGAGGACAAUGUGAUGAAAAUAGCUGAUUUUGGCCUUGCUAGAGACGUUCACAACAUCGACUAUUACAAGAAAACCACCAAUGGUCGGCUGCCUGUGAAAUGGAUGGCUCCAGAAGCAUUGUUUGACCGGGUCUAUACUCACCAGAGCGAUGUCUGGUCUUUUGGAGUGCUACUAUGGGAGAUCUUCACUUUGGGAGGGUCUCCAUACCCAGGAAUUCCUGUUGAAGAACUCUUCAAACUCUUGAAAGAAGGCCAUCGGAUGGAUAAACCCGCCAACUGCACCCAUGACCUGUACAUGAUCAUGCGGGAGUGCUGGCACGCCAUCCCCUCGCAGCGACCCACCUUCAAGCAGCUGGUGGAAGACUUGGAAAGAGUCCUUACCAUGACAUCCACUGAUGAGUACCUGGACCUCUCGGUGCCCUUUGAGCAGUACUCGCCCGCUGGCCAGGACACCCACAGCACCUGCUCCUCAGGGGACGACUCGGUUUUUGCACAUGACCUGCUGCCUGAUGAGCCCUGCCUGCCCAAACAUGCACCCUGUAAUGGCGUCAUCCGCACGUGACGGCCCCCCUGGACAGACGGAUGGACAGACAGGCAGUGUGCCCACCCUGGCGCAAGUGCAGAGCGCCGAAGACAAACCCAUAGUGAAGGAUGUUUCCAUUAAACUGCUCAGUGAUGCCAGAAGAUUUUUGUUAUUGAGCUGUUCAGGGUAAAAAAAAAAAAAAAAAAAAAAAAAAAAAAAGAGAGAGUUAAAACAAUUUUUUUUUUUCCCCCAUUUGCUGUAUAAAAAGUCAAGAAGCACUGUUUGGCCUGAAGGAACUCAUCUCUUGCCAAGAUGAUCUAUCAUGUAUGAUUUUUUUUUUAUUUUUUUUCUUUAUUCCUAAGCAGAAUGUUAAAUCUGAGGGCACUGCCCUCCCGCCUGCGCUUGCUGAGCGCCAGAGUAGCCAAUCUGUGCCUACAAUACAAAGAAGAGGAAAAAAAUCUUCCUUUUUUUU